CCGACGUCGCACCGCUCGCGCCCGUCUCGUGACGACCCUAUGAUAUCAUUCAUGCUAAUCUCCGCCCGUUGAUUUUCCUGCCGAGUGACCGCAGCAGUGAGACAGCCGCGAUAUCGCGAGUGCCGAAUGUUCGUGGACGUCACGCCCGUGUACUUUUCCAUAGGAGCGUGCGUGCGAAACCAGUUCUGAGAGGACGGUGCCAUCGGAUGAGAUCUCCGACUGAGCGUCGUGACCUGCGGCCUGAGAUGCUGCGCCCGUGACCGUCUUACGACAGUGCCACGAAACCUCGUCCAAUGAUCUCGGCGAGCCUCCCCGGCGAGGCGCUGGUCCAGCUGGGGCAGCUGCAGCUGAGCCACCUCUACCCGUCGCCGACCAUGACGCCGGAGUUCCUCGCGCCCCCGCCGCGGCCCUACCCGCGGUACCCGCCGCGGCGCCCGCGGGAGCCCAUGCCCGCGCCGCCCGCGCCCAGCUUUGCGCCCGUGCCCAACGCGUACCCUCCGUUCCUGCCCCAUCCGGCGAGCUACGCGUCCUACCUGUACCGGGCGCGCGCCCCGCAGCCGUCCGCGUACCCCAUUCGCCCGCGCCCCACGUCGGGCUUCGUGCCUCCCGCGCCGGCGCCGCACUCGCCGCCGGUGCCGCCAGCAGCGCCGCAACCCCCUCCAAGAGAGGAACCCCCAACGUCUCCAGAACGAGGCGCACCAGCCCCCUACUUCUGUAGAGGGGCAUUAAUACGACUGGAAGACGGCACGCUCCGGCGCGUAGAGGAGAUGCGCACGGAAGACUUCGCGAUGAGCGCGGAAAGGACUGGAGAUCUUGCGCUGACGCAGUGCACGCUGCUACGGCUCGACGAGCGCGGCGACCGUCUUGCACUCACCCUUACAUAUGAUAGAAAUCGCUCACAGGUGGAGCUGGAAUCAACAGUGGAUCAUCCGUUUUUCGUGUACGGCCGAGGUUGGGCGUCGUGCAAACCGGAGCGCACGCUCGCGCGGUACGGCCUCCACGUGCAAAGGUUGCAAGUCGGAGACGUAUGCGUAUCGUUAGUAGCACGCAAGCACGCGGCGCCCACCACGACCACCGUGGGCCCGAGUCUCGCGCCCGCACCGCCACAGACGCAUCCAGAAAACCUCAGUGUGAAAGAGGACGCGCGUAAACGACGCUGGUCCGCCUCUGACGUUAUCGAGGAAGGUCCGCCUCUAAAAAAACGUUGAACGAUUUUGUCCGCCAUCGCUUUAAUGAAACUAUAUAUUUAUACGUUGUUCGUAUACCGCUAAGAGCCCCGUUUUGGUUACCAUCUAAAACUGAUUUUUUAAGCAAGCGUUAGGCUAGUUCUAUGGUACACAAUCUCUAAACUGAAAUGACAGGUCUAAAUAUAUUGCUAUCACUUUCACAAUGCUCCCUGCAGAAAAGGAUAGCAGUACAUCUGUCAAUUCAGUUUAGAGAUUGUUGUGUACAAUGGAAUUAGCCACGUUGGUGCUACUUCUGUUGUAGCAAAUGCCUAAACUAAUUCACAGGUCUAAAGUAGGUUAUCUACAUUUUUUUCCGAGGAAAGGGAUCACACUAUUUUUGGCCCAAUAUAUUAUACAACAGAUAAUGAUGACACCUUUAAUGCAAAACCAUUUUGCAUUGGGUUGAUUUUUCAAAUAAAAAUAUUGUACCUGCAUGUUUCGAUGAAUUUAAACAUUUUUAUAUGGGUACAGUUUAUUGGAAAUUAAUGCAUUCAUGCUAGACGAACAAUGAUAUUACUAGCAUUUUUAAAAUUAUGAACGCAAAAUCUUAAAUUCUCUUCCAAUAUAAAGAUAAACCAGUAAAGGUAUUGAAUUGAAAGUGAAGAUAAUCUACUUAAAAGACUCUGAACUACCGCAAAAAUAUCAGACACAAAUCGCCCAGUGAUUUAAAGAUAAGGAAAAAAGACGGUUCUUUACUUUCCUUUCUUAGAAAUAAAGAUAAUGUUUGUACGUAUGGUUCAUAGUGGUAAUGUUUUACAGCGAUCGGCAAUCCACAAUCGUACGCUUAAUAUUCUAUUCGGAAACUAGGUGCUUUUUUCUGUCGGGUGCUUCUAUAUGCGUGUACAAUAUUGUAAAUAUGUAACUUAGGUACAGCCGCAUACUGUAUAGCGUAAUAUGUCUCAAAGUUGUUGUGCGCUACUCUUAGAGCGAGUUCAGACAAAUGGAAAACGCGCGGUUGCAAGCCGUGCGAUUUGAACCGCGGUAAAUCUUGAUCAGAAAAACGCGAAUGUGCGGAUAGGAAAGAGGCAAAAUGAUUCCUCGUUAAAGUCCGAAAUUAAACACUCUCUAGGUCAGGGAAUCUGCAGGUCAUAGCAGCUACAGUGCCCGGCAUCGCACAUUAGAAAAAAUAUAUCAGCUUCGGCUUCGUAGAACGUCAUCUCUGUUAAUAAUGUCUAUGUUUUGUCGCCGAUUUGUCUCAACGACAGAGACAACGCUCUACGAAACUGAAGCUAGCUGCCGACUGUCUCUAUCUAAUGUUGGAUGUGUAAUCUUUCGUACUGGGUACUGUAACUGUAAAAACACCGCGCGCAUUAUAGCGCUCGAAUCUAUUUUAGUGAUAGCCGCGCGAACGGAGAUUUGAAGGAAUAUUAAGACGCUCACAAGAUCCGCGCGUUUGGUCCGUGCGGUUUUCAUUGCCUCUGUCUGAACUAGCACUUCAUGUAACUGGCAACAUUCGUCUUGUAGCCAUCUUAAGCCGUUAAAUUGAAAAAAAAGUAAACCUCAUGAGCCAUACUUUCUGAUAGUCGGUAGUUUGCCUACGGGAUUAGCUCUGCGUUUGUGUGAGUGCACGGUGCGUUCUCAUACGUAUUUUACACCGUUUUGUACAUUAUUUCAACUACCAGAUUAAUAAUAAUUAAUUAUCCGAUCACUCACACAAACACAAGCUUAAGCAUGUGUGCUGCCAGUUACAGCUUAGUAGUAAAUUCGUUAACAUUAUGCAA